AUGUGGUCCGAAGAGAAGGGCUUCGACACUCGGGAGCAGGUACGCCAGGCAAGCAUUGCUGGAGCCGAAGUGGCACGGCAGCUGCCUGGGGACUUGCAAGAACGUGCCGACAGCGCCAAGCACGCAGCAGAGAAGGUGGCCCUUGACACGGGCUUCACCCAGGCGACAGCAGAUCAGGAAGGAGAUCGUGCCAAGCGACUGGUGCUGGAGCAGGGAGAGGUUGGUGGCAAUGCUGCAGAGGUUGGUGCAGAGCUUGGUCCUUCAGCCAGCCUGGCCAAAAGCACGGAGGAGCUCGGUGAAAGCUUGGAGGGCGCGGCUCUAGGCCUUACCAAAACAGGCGCAACUGGCCAGGCUCUGGAUGACAAUGCAGGGGGUGUGGCCGGAUCAGUGGCUGUGACGGGGGUGGGAACAGGCCAGGAAGGCGGGAUUGCAGAAGGAACGGUUGGAACAGCCUUGGGGUCGGCAGACAGCUUGGAUGGAGAAGGAGACUUGGGGACGCGAGAGCGAGAGGCAGGCACAGGAGAAGAACUGGGAGCAGCAGCAUCCGAGUCGAGUUCGGGCUCACAUUGGUCCAACAACCUUUUGGUCAAUAUCAUGGUUGCCCUGGCCGGUCUGCUGAUGGUUGCCGCCUGCGGUGUGUGUCUCCGCUCCAUGAUGAAGGGCAGCAGGCACAGCCACAGCAAGAAGGCGACCAAGCGCAAGGUGACGUUGCAAGCAGAGGAAGAGGGAGACGAGGAGAGCCGACCACUCAUGGCUAGUGAAGCACUUGACAAGGUGCCAGUGGAUCCACCGCAAAUCGAGAUCAGUGCACAGCCUGGGGCCGCAGGAAUGGUCGCAGGAGCUUGGAAUCCUGCUGCUUACGGCGGGUAUGUGCACUUUGGCGGAACGUUGGCCCCCGGUGUUGGUGGGGCACCCUUUGCAACAGCUCCAACGCUGGUCACACGUCCUGGGAGUGCCUCCUUGCCUCCGGCUGUUCCCGUGUCUACCACUCCGCUGCCUGCUGUUCCGAUUUCCACGUCCAGCGGCUUGCCCGGAGCGCAAGAGGUGAAGACGAUGAGCCUGAGCGCCGGAGCCGGAGCACCAGUGCUCACGAACGCCCCGCUUGAGCUCGUGGCAGAACAGCGGUUGGGCUCGGGGCAGAUCCCCGUUUACGCGAGUCUCCAUGCUGUGGGCAACGAAGUGAAGCAGAUCUCUUACACCGAGUGGCACAACUCUUGGCAGCCUGGCCUGCCCCGUGAUGUCGUCUUCACCAUCCCAGACGGUGCCGUUGAGGGAGCGGCCCUCGUGGUCGAGGUUGAGCCUGGAGUCGUGGUCCCUACGACGGUUCCGGCAGGCGCCUAUCCUGGGGCUUUGGCCUGCCUCCAGCGAUGA